GCCCAAAGAUCCAGCCUUUACGCAUCCAGAGCGAAAAGAGAAAAAAGCCGCUGCGCUUGUGCGUCCAUGUUCCGACGCCGAUUUUGACGCGUGAAUCCAGGCCACCAGGAUUGAGGAGAUACCGGGCCCCGAACGUUGGACUUUAUUAAAAAAAAAAAUAAAUAAAAUACCGUGGUGUGUUCGCUGACAUCCUGUGAGAAUUCCACCUCUGGCGUUGAAAAAAUACCGAUAAACCCAGGUCGUAUUCCAGAAACAAUCCUUUCGGUCAUGUUGCGCACCUGCCAGACCUCCGAUCCAGGACUGGACUGUUAAAAAGAAAAAAGCAAGGCAACUUUUUUUUUUUUGGAAAAGAAGUUGCCAUCACAUCGGUUGUUGUUGUAGCUGGGGGUUGGAGGGGCAAACUAAGUCCCUCCAUCGAGUAGAAUCACCUUUUUUUUCUCUUCACAUUUUCAUCCUUGAUAGGAAGGCGAAACGGCGACUUCAGUUGAUUAUCUGUCUUUCCUUUGCUAUCCAAUGGAUAUUCACUGCAAAGCAGACCCCUUUACAGCGAUGCACCUAUCCCACGUAGGGCACGGAGGUGUGAACCAGCUUGGCGGGGUGUUUGUGAACGGCAGACCCCUCCCGGACGUGGUGAGGCAGCGGAUAGUGGAACUGGCCCACCAGGGUGUCCGGCCCUGCGACAUCUCCAGACAGCUGAGGGUCAGCCACGGAUGCGUGAGCAAGAUCCUGGGCAGGUACUAUGAGACUGGUAGCAUCAAACCAGGGGUCAUUGGUGGGUCUAAACCUAAAGUGGCCACGCCAAAGGUGGUGGAAAAAAUAGCAGAUUAUAAAAGACAAAAUCCCACUAUGUUUGCGUGGGAGAUCAGAGACAGGCUGCUGGCAGAAGGCAUCUGCGACAACGACACCGUUCCCAGCGUUUCGUCAAUUAACAGGAUCAUCCGAACAAAAGUCCAGCAGCCUUUCCAUCCAUCUCCAGACGGGUCAUCCCUGUCGACGCCGGGUCAUACCAUAGUACCAAGCACAGCCUCUCCGCCUGUAACUAGCGCCUCCAAUGACCCUGCUGGGUCUUACUCCAUUAACGGGAUUCUGGGUAUUCCCCGAUCCAACGGUGAAAAGAGGAAAAGAGAUGAAGAUGGUUCAGAUGGUUCUGGCCCAAACAGUGAUUCUCAGGGUAGUGUGGAGAGUUUACGGAAACACCUGAGGGCAGAUGCCUUCACCCAGCAGCAGCUGGAAGCGUUGGACCGGGUCUUUGAACGCCCCUCGUACCCUGACGUCUUCCCUACGUCGGAUCAUAUCAAACCCGAACAGGCUAAUGAGUACUCGCUCCCUGCCCUGAAUUCCAGCCUGGACGAAGUCAAACCCAGUUUAUCCUCUAGCGCCAACCCAGACCUGGGCCCCAGCGUGUCGCAAAGCUACCCUGUAGGUCGGGAUAUGGCCAACACAACCUUACCCGGGUAUCCCCCUCACGUACCCCCUACAGGCCAGGGCAGCUACCCCACCUCCACACUCGCUGGAAUGGUUCCUGGGAGUGAGUUUUCGGGGAACCCCUACAGUCAUCCACAGUACACAACCUACAAUGAAGCAUGGCGAUUCAGCAACCCAGCAUUACUAAGUUCCCCUUAUUAUUAUAGUGGCACGCAUCGAGAGCUCCGCCCCUCCCACUGCUGCCACUGCCUAUGACCGUCACUAGUUACCAUGGAAACCAAAUCAACCUGCAGGACCAUGGCCUCAGCCUCCAUAUUGCCCCAGUGUGAGCGGCAUGGUCCACUGGACACUGAGCAACUGUGCAUAAAAUGUUCCCGGCUCACAACUAUGAGAACUUCACAGUUUUCAGAGGAUAACGACGACUUUUUUUUUGGGACAUUUCAAAGCCAAAAGAAAAAAAAAAAAAAAAAAAAAGAAAGAAAAAAAAAAUCUUACAAAAAAAAAAAAAAAAAAGAAUCUACAGGACUCACCGCAUCACCAGAGACUGAUCGAUGCUAUACACGUGAUUAAACUGUGCAGUGGUUUAAAAAAGAAAAAGAAAAAAAAACGAAAACAUUUAUUUUCCUCCUGUAGCAGUGUCACACCUUCAUCCCAUCCUUGGAUCAAUACUGUACAUUCCUUCUCCUUCCCCCCUCCCCUCUAUGGCUCUAAACAGGGCUAACGUCCGGAGCUUAAAAUGUAGCAGCAGCUUUUAUCUUUAUUUUUUCCUCCUUUUACCCUUCACCUCCCACUCGAUUCAGAUCAGAAGGAGAUUAGCGGCGACACAAGACUGUGGCAGGCUACUUUUUUUUUUUUUUAACCAUCUGAACAGUCACCGACCAAACAUUCAGCAUGAGUAAAAUCGAUUGCUUCGAUGCCAUGAGAAGAUUAGAACAUGCGACACACUCUGUGAUACACAAUCAACAUGUAAAAAUGAAAUGAAAAAGAAACAUCAGUUUGACAAUAGGGGGAGCCAUGAUAAUAUAUUCCCAUGGCCCGCUAUUUGCAAGAUUUCAAGAAGCUAGUAAAUAUUUCUUAAAAGUAAUUUUUUAUUUCAUUUUUUAUAAUUCCUAAUGACUUAAUGUCUUACUAAACUGCAGACUGCUUGGCUAGUGUUUUACUAUUUCUUAUUUGUCAGAUAUUCAAGAGGUUCACCAGGCGAAAAACCCUUUUGUUUUUUGUUAAUUUUUUUGCACUAUUUUUGGAGGUUUGCAAACACUGGAGUGGUUAUUAUGCAGAAAAAUGAUGAUGCAUAUUCGCAUUUCACAGAAGUCUCUGUAAGUAAUAAUUCCCAGUCUGACGCGGCACUUACAGUUCACCCGCUCUUGUUCAGUUUUUUUCUUGUCGAUUCAAGGCUUUUACACCGGUCACGUCACAGCCUUGAUGUGCACUAUAAUCUCACUUGUCUUUGAGUUGAUUAAGUCUUUGGCAUUUAACCACAGAAACAGAUACAGCCAGGUUACAAAAACGAAUCAUCAUCCAUGUAUUUGAAGCAAGAAGAUUCAUGUUCACCCCAGGUAGGAUGACUCCAAAAACUAUUUCAGACAAAAAAAUAAAAUUAAAAAAAAAAAAAAAAAAAAAAAAAAGCAGGGCGACAAAUUCAGCUAAAAUGCCUUAAACAUGUCUCCACUUCCUCUCAUGUUUCAGGCCGAGAGUCAUUUCUUUAAAACGACAUGGAGCUGGAAUGAUGGUUCCUUCAUUUGUCAAGUGAAUGUAUUUGCAUUUGCCAAAGACUUAGUUCUUGUUAAUGUUUAUUUACAGUCCGCCUAUAUGCAUCAUGAGAGCAGUAUUAUUAGCAAAAGUCACGUUGUUCAUGAGGAAAGUAUAUGUAUAAAUUCUAUGCAGUGCAGAGAUGGUCAUCAUAUGCAUAUUCAGCUGUAAACCUAAAGGUAGGUGGAGUUUAUUUAAUGUUAUGUUAUUUACAAAAAUGUUCAUUUGUAGGAUUUUCUGUGUGUGAUGUGAAGACACUUCUGUGUAAAUACAGUAAGAAAAAAUGUCUUUCAUGUUCAUGGGUAUUAUCACUUUCAUUAUGCUGGUCUCACUUGUACAAAUAAUAAAAGUGUCUGAAAUCUUUUACGCAACUGGA